CACGACCCCACCUCUUGUCCCCUCCGUACGUUCCUGGCCGUUGCUUCCCUUUUGUCGUUAUGCGCCCUGCUUCAGACCCGGUUCCACCACCUAGGUCAUGGCCUUUAGCCCUUUCUCGGAUCAGGCCCACACUCCUGGCCCAAAUCUCAUUCCUGGUUCCUUACUUGGGCCACUCACUAUAUGCCCCCCAACAAUUAUUUAUAAUUCAUGGUUUGAACAAUCUAACAUUAACUGAUUAUAUGUUUUUUAAAUGAAAUAAACAAUGUCUUAUAAGAAAAAAAUGGUUGGGAUGUUAAGAGGGUAAAAUACAUUGGGUGCCACUUAAGUUUGAGAAUUGGGGUAGAAAUAUCACUUAAAUUUGAAUAAGGCGUUGGGUACCACUGAACUCUAUUAUAUGUGCACUCGAUACCAAUUAAAUUUACUGCUAAGUGCAUUCCGUUAAAGUUGACAGAAUAUUCUUUGAAUAUUCCAUUUUCUAAAUUGCAUAAUCGGUCCUUCUACUUUUCUUAAUGUAAAAAAACCAUUUGAACUUAUGAAAAACAUAUUUUUUAUUGUUUAGUUAGAAUCCUCUUUUGAAUACUUGAUACAAAACCAAUUUUUGAAUAGAAAAUUUAAAAUCAAUUAUCAUUAUAAUUAUUUUCAAUAUCAUUGUGUGUUCUAAUAAUUGAAUUAUUCCAUGAAUGUUGUAACUAAACAAUGCUGUAGCUUUUAUAAUAAUAUUUUCUUUUCUACAGUUUUUACCAAAUGUUGUAGCUUUUAUAUUUUAUUUAUUACCUGGUUGCUUUCAAUCUCUUUUCAUUCUAAAUUUUCUCAAUUAGUGGAAUAUGUUUAAUUCUUUCUGAUUGUGUUCCAUUUAUCCUUCUUUGAAUUUGAUGUAAAUCAUGUAAUGAUGAUCGAUUAGGUUUUAUUUUAACUAUUUCUAAUGGUGCUUCUAAUUGAAUUAGAGGCUUUAAAUAUAUAUGAUUAUAUUCUAAUAUAUUUUUAUUCUUCUUUAUAUUCGUUUACUAUUUUUACUAAUUUAUCUAUUUUAUUGAAAAAUUUUGAUUAGUCAUUUUAGCAAUAAUAUAUUUAGAAGAUUUUGUAAUUAUUAUAUUAGAUAAAACUUGUUGAAAUAUAGUUUUGACGACUUUAAUAAUACUCGAUGCCUUAUUCAAAUUUAAAUGAUAUGCCUAACCCAGUUAUCAAACUUAAAUGGAUCCGGAGGUAUUUUACCCGAUGUUAAGAAGAAGAAUAAUCAUGUUGAAAAGACUCCUUCGGCUGAAUGCAGAAAGCCCAAGACACUGGUUGACAAUAAGAUUGUGCAGAAAAUGGGGGUUCGGUCCAAUUGGCCCGUUAAAUCCUAGAUUCUCGCGGGAAGUGAAAGAAUUCUGGGCCUCAAUCCAGCCCAAGUUUCAACCACAAGCGGUGUUAGUUAAGUUCGUUCAUCCUCGUCGAUUACUGCCGCCAACAAAGUUUAGUGUUUAAUGAGAGGUAGGGUUUUUGGGGAAGAGUUUUAGAAGAGAGACUAAAGACGAAGACAACUCGUCGUCCGCCCUUGAUGCCCUGUGAAAAGUGAGAAAACCAGACGCAAGCGAACAGCACAAGCUGCGAGGAGCCAUGGGAGGAUCUCGAGUUCAAGUCAACAAAGCUCACAAGACUCGCUUCGCUUCCAAAUCGACGCGCAACCUUCACAAAGUUUCUCUCAAAGAUAAGAAUAGAAUUGCGAAAUCGGACAAAAAUGUGGCAAAAGGAGGUCGAGCUGCUCGUCUUCAUCGCAACAAGAUGCUGCGGGAGCAGAAGCGAGCUGCUGUUUUGAAGGAGAAAAGGGCGGCAAGUGGAACAACAAGCCCUCCACGAGUUAUUUUGCUUUUUGGCUUAUCUGGCUCCGUGAAUGUGGAUUCACUUGCUGAAGAUCUUUCAAAUGUGUUAUCUCCUCAAAAUGCUGGCCGUUCAUCCGAAGUAAUAGCUUCACCAGAGUACAGAAUGAGAGCAACGGUGCAGAAAGCACCUCAUGGUGAUUUGUUAUCGUGCAUGGAAAUGGCAAAGGUUGCUGAUCUGAUUGCUUUUGUGGCAUCAGCAGACUCCUUCUGCGAAGAUGGUACUGCCGACUACAUGGAUUCCUUUGGGAAUCAGUGUUUGUCAGUAUUCAGGGCACUUGGUUUGCCUAGCACAGCAGUAUUGAUCCGUGGUCUUCCGGUGGAGCUAAAAGGGAGAAGUGAGGUAAAGAAGAUAUGCUCUUCCUGCCUUGCUGGUGAGUUUCCUGAGGAUUGCAAGUUCUAUCCUGCAGAUACUAAAGAUGAUUUGCACAAGUUCCUAUCGCUAUUUAAGGAGCAGAGGCUCACGGCACCUCAUUGGAGAAGUCAAAGACCUUAUCUUAUGUCUCAAAAGGUUGAUGUAGUUGCUGACAGCAGCAAUGUGCCCAAUUCUACCCUACUUCUGACAGGUUAUUUACGUGCUCGCAGCCUCUCCGUGAAUCAGCUGGUUCAUGUUUCUGGUGCUGGGGAUUUCCAACUACAGAAAAUUGAAAUUCUGAGGGAUGCUUGUCCUCUCAACUUAAGAAAAGAAGCGGAUGCAAUGGAUGCAGAUGACAUGCUUAAUGUGGAGGUUAUCCGUACUCUGGUUCCCGAUCCUUUGGCACAGGUGCCUUUGCUUGUCGAAAAUGUGCCCGAUCCACUCGCGGGAGAACAGACCUGGCCAACAGAAGCUGAAAUGGAGGAGGCUGAUAGAAACCAAAAACAAAAGGCCGUGAAAAAGAAAGUUCUUCCUCGAGGUACUUCAGAAUACCAGGCUGCAUGGAUUGUGGAUAGUUCAGAUGAAGAAGGUUCAGAUAGUUGCAGUGAUGUUGAUGAUGGCAUGAUACUGGAUGAAGGAGGUGGUCAUUUUACUGGUCCAGGGGACACUAAUGAUGAUGGCUUUGAAGAUGAUCGAGCUUCUCUGGAUCUUGAGGAAAUGGACGGUGAUACAGAAACUGCUUCUGUUAUGAUGGAAGGUGAAAACUUAACAAGGGAACAGGUAGAGGAAGAAAUCAGAAAAAUCAAAGAAGCCCAUGCUGAAGACGAGGAAUUUCCUGAUGAGGUGGAUACUCCAUUUGGUAUUCCUGCCAGGAAACGUUUCGCAAAGUACAGAGGUCUCAAAUCCUUCAGGACCUCAUCAUGGGACCCUAAAGAAUCUCUUCCUGCAGAUUAUGCCCGAAUUUUCGCAUUUGACAAUUUUCCAAAGACACAGAAACAUGUUCUUGCGAAGGCCUCAGAAAUGGAGCAGGCAGACUCCGAUGACUGUGUACAAGCUGGCCAGUAUGUAAGGCUUCACAUCAAGGAUGUACCUAUGCACAUUGCUCAUAAGUUAUAUGAAGUUGCAAAGGCAGCUCCUCUCAUAGCCAGUGGACUGUUGCAGCACGAGUCCAAGAUGUCUGUUCUGCAUUUUAGCAUAAAGAAGCAUGAUACAUAUGAUGCACCUAUUAAAUCCAAAGAGGAAUUACUGUUUCAUGUUGGUUUUCGGCAACUUGUUGCUAGGCCAAUUUUCUCUACUGAUAACAUUAAUUCAGAUAAACACAAGAUGGAGAGAUUCCUUCAUCCUGGUCACUUUGCCAUGGCAUCAAUUUACGCUCCAAUUUCUUUCCCUUCGCUACCCUUGAUUGCUCUGAAGAAGAUUGAAGGAGGUGGUGCACCAGCAGUUGCUGCUUUUGGAACCUUGAGAAGCAUUAACCCGGAUAGGAUAAUUUUGAAGAAGAUUAUAUUAACUGGCUAUCCGCAAAGAGUUUCAAAACGGAAGGCUACUGUAAGAUACAUGUUCCAUAACCCAGAAGAUGUGAGGUGGUUUAAGCCUGUGGAAGUUUUCUCAAAAUAUGGGCGUCGUGGUCGCGUCAGGGAACCUGUUGGCACACAUGGUGCCAUGAAGUGCUUGUUCGAUGGAGUCCUACAGCAGCAUGACACCGUAUGCAUGGGCUUGUACAAACGUGCGUACCCCAAGUGGCCAGAACACCGUUACCCUAUGGCCGAUGCUUGACCGUGGGGCACCCACAAAGCACAAGACGGAGCUACAUUUCUGUAGUUUCAGUCUGGGAAUGAAGCUCUGGUUCAGAUUUGGAAAUUUUCAGGUUUCUUGUUACCCCCUGGCGAAACAGGGGAAUCAAUCUUUCUGAGUGGCAAAGAUACAUGACUGUAACUUGGCCGCCGCUAGAUAAAUUAUGUCAUCCAUAUUCGUAUAUCGUUUGUUGUGUGGGUAAAAAACUUGUUCCUUAGCAUUGUCUUCUACUGAAGGAAGGCAUUAGAUUAGAUGGUAGGAAAUACUAGGGGUGAAGGAGAGUGAAAUCAAAUGCUGUAAAAUAUUUCCUCUUACAGCUUGUGCUGGUAAUAUUUUUAUUGAAUUCACUCAAUUUUGUCGAGAUGUUCCAUCUUGUUCAAUGUACCAUACUUCUAUUUGAUCCAUUUAUUUUGUGAACUGAUCUGUCAACAUUCUUGUGAGCAUUGAAUAUCAAGUUAUCAUGGAUUUGGAGAUCAGAUCGGCGGGACUAGUUGUACGAUAGCGAAUUAUAUGAUACAAUCUUUUCCACUUGGUCACCAAUUCAAUUGACUAUUUUCGGUAUGGUAUUGUGAAUAAAGUAGUGGAAUGAUAGUUGGUGCUUCGGUUGCAUGAGAAGUUAGAUUGUGUAGAUAAAGAACAUGAUCACCGGAAUUAUCAUGGUCGAUUCUCGAUCAAACCAAGAAGAUACAAGGCCAGUUAAAUCAUAGGUCAUUACCAAGUUCGUUCUUUGUGGAUGCGUUGACCAUCCUACCAGUUAGUUAAGAAUCAAGCGAUGAAUUUGUCAUGAAAUAAAGUUUAGGGACCAAUUUCCAUGAUCAAUCAAAUCCCAGCAUAAGCACCAAUUCAUUUGAACUAACCAACAAUUAACAGAAGAUAGUCCCUAGAGCAUUGCAUAGCUUCUAAGCCUACUGCCUGGAUAUGGGGACAAAAAAUAAAAUGAACUGAAAGCUGUUCCAUGAGCUCGCUUGUCGCACUCGAAGUCGGAGUGACUUUGUACAAUAUGCUCAAUUACAUGCCAUGCCUUCGACUAAUGUUUACGGUACAUCGACUCUUGUUGCCUUGGUUUCAAACACAGUGGAUCGCUGGAGGUGUAGAUUAGACUCUAGGCUUCUCCUGAAGGCAACUCGGGCAUCUUUGGGGACGAACCGAGCACUCGUUCCAUAUCAAAUCGGACUUCAAUGUUGCGGAUGCUGUAGCCAACCACCAUCAGCCAGUAGAGUAGCUUCCCCAGUUCAGCUGCACUGGUCUCUGUCGUGCUCGUCUGCAAGACACAUGUUUACGAUAAUGACAUAACUAUAGUGCCGAUGAAAAUCUAUAUGACAUGACCGAUUAACUUGAAUAGACAAGUAUAGACAAGGAGGAGACAAACGGUGAAAACUCUCGGCUGUUUUCGGGAGUAAUUUUCCUGUAUUAACAAAGUUUGAAGAAUCAA